CUUGGUUCUCUCUCUUUCUCUGCGCAGAUCAUCCACCGCGACCUCGCCGCCAGAAACGUUCUCGUGGAUCACAACAAGCUGUGCAAAAUCGCCGACUUCGGCAUGUCGAGGUUCGCCAACGAGGAUGGCGAGGUGAUCGAGACUAGACACGGCAGAAAUGCCUUACCCAUCCGAUGGAUGGCCCCCGAAUCUUUGAUCUACUCCCUAUUCACGACGAAGACCGACGUCUGGAGCUUCGGGAUUCUGAUGUGGGAGAUCGUUACUUUAGGUUCAACACCGUACCCGGAUAUGACGGCGCGGGAAGUCAUGCGGAACGUGCACAACGGUUAUCGGCUGGAGAGGCCUUCGCACUGUCGAACCGAGCUCUUCAGGGUGAUAUCCCGAUGCUGGCACGCCGAUCCCGACCGCAGGCCAGAGUUUCAGAUCCUACGUAGGGAUCUCGCUCAGCUGCUGGAGGACAACAUGAACGGGCACUACGUGGACCUCGAGAGCUUUGCCUCCGAGUGCACCGAUUGAGAGAGGUCGACGGAGGAAACCUCAGGCUCAUCCUCGAUCGCACCGGGAAAUUGAUCCCGUGGAAAAAUUCGCGCUCAGCACACGCGUUGGUGCUACGUGAGCAGGGAGAUUUUUUGACAUACCAUUGAUCUUCGAAGCGACUUUCCUUCGCGAGUACAGAACGUAAUUGAGAUUAUCCCAAAAGAUCGAAUUCUGCGAGGUCUGGAACGUCUUACGUUCUUACUGUUUUUGACCUCCAAAAUUCGUAGGAAUUUUGUACGAAGUGUAUUCUAUAUUUUGUAAAAUACGCUUGAAAAUAGAGUCGAUAACUGGGGGCUACUUGAGAUAAUGGAGAAAUAUCAAAAAAUGUUUCGUUGUAGGAAAUUCGUCGAUCCGCACGUAAAAAUCGCAAUCCGUCCACAUUUGCAUGGGUCUUAUUAUCGCUGUGCAAUAGCAGAAUCUAAUGACAAGAUACGAUGUUAAUUUAUUAUUACGUGAAUACGAUCGACGUAUACUCGGCAACAACAUCGCAUACAUUCGUAAUAAUUACGAAUGAAUUUUUAUCAUUGGAUGCUUUUACGAUUCGUUGAAGUACAUGUAUAAUUAAUUAUGCAAUUUCCAUCUUGUUGAAGUACGCAGA